GAUGCGGCCGUUGCUUGCGCCGAGAACAUAUCGCUCUUGUUCCUCCUGAACAAGCUCCAGCACAUGUCCGAGCCCAACAGACCAGUCCCACAACCGGCCGAAGAAGAGGAGAGAAUGCUCCCAUUCUGUAGGGAGAGGAGUCUCUGCGGCGCACUCGCGUUCUUGGCCAGCAUUGAUGGAAAUCCGGACUUCAUUCCCGCCGUUUACAUCGAAGAACUAACAAAGUCCCAACAGCUGGAGGUUGUGGUAGCUGUGAACAAAGAAAGCCCGAGAGAUGGUGAGGGCGUUUUGAAGCAAAUCAGGCGUGGCUUCGAACAAAUCUUUUCGCAGUUGGAGGGCCUCGAUGGCAAGCCAACGAGGCAGCGGCAUUCUAUCGAAAGGCUACUGACAACGUUCGAUGCCUACUUCAAAGACCGACUGCAUUUAUCUUCUUUGCGAACCUUCAGAGAUUCAUUGAAAGAGCUCUUGAAAAGAGCUCACAACGUUACGCAAUCACUAAGGAAGUGGAAAAGUUACCAGAAGUCACUUGCAUUACAGCCAUUGGUCGAGGAAGUUUUCCAGCUUUCGCGAGUCGGCCAGUUUGAGCAACUUGUUCACAUGAUUCCUCAUACCACAAUGGAUCCAGGCUUGAAAACGAGUCUCUGCAACAUGAUCCCCAAGAUCGCGCGCUAUAGAGAGAUAGCUCGACAUAUUUAUCGGACCGCCAAGAAAUACCACAUCGCAAGACGUGUGGAAGUAGUGAUCGUCAACCUUGCGUCCUCAGAACCAGGGGCUUACGAACGAGUCUCGGAGGGUUCAAGAUACCCAGAAUUGAACAAGGCUUUGUCAAGGAACGAAAUCAAGGCCCUGCCCGACCGGAAACUCAGAAGCAUUUGGAAGAAUGCACAUUCGCCUUCCAAGGACGUCAAGCAUGUCUUCGAGAACAAGACUAGCAACACAUUGAAGAGCGCAAAGGUUCACGCCGAGGUUCAGCUAAUAUACCACUAUCAUCUCAAGAGCCGCCAUUCAGACCUUCCUCCUAGAGUCAUCCGAUCCAGCAAAGACGCGUGCUACCUCUGCAACGCUUUCAUUAAAGCCGAGAAGACGUUCUACACGUCCCGGUGCCAUGGGAGGCUAUACCCGUCAUGGAAACUACCGCGAGUCGUCAGCCGCCUCGACCUAGCUCAGAGGUUUAAUGAGUUAUUGAAGGGCAGAAUAAUCAGCGCUUAUGGUGACUUGGCUGGGUUCAGGGCCAACUGCCCCAAGGCAGAUCCAGCGGAGAGCACGAUUUCGACGUUGAAUUGGUCGGUAUCGACAGAAGCAGAGGAGCCAUCAGUAACGACCGUUCCAGGUGCGAUAAAUGUCGUCAUCGUGACUACUGAGAAAGAAACAGAGAAUCAAGAAGUACCUCAA